AUGAUGUAGUUAAGAAGCGGAACAUUAAAGAAACCCCCUGCCAGAAUUUGCAUGUCUUCAUAUCAGGUAUUCUAUGCUGAGAAGGCUGCUUAAAUGAAAAAAGAUGGGAUGAUGAAAGGUAAGGAAAUCCAAAGCAAAAUCGCCGAAAUGUGGAGAUAAAUAGAUGAGGAGGAGAAAGAGAAAUAUGAUGAUGAAUUUGAAAAAAUGGAGGCAAAGUACAAGGAAGACUUACUUUUAUAUUAUGGCGGGAGUGCAUAAGAUUUGAAAAAGUACAAAGCCUUACUGGAAAUUCCUGAGAAACCAAAGAAACCAGUAUCAGGUUGUUUAGUAUAUAUAGCUGAGAACAGAAGAGCGUAUUCUGAAGAGAAUCCUGAUGCAUCCUUUGGUUAAGUAACAAAGGCAUUGGUGGAUCGAUAUAACUAACUUUCAAAUAAGGAUAGAAAGAAGUACGAUGAUGAAUUCGAGAAGAAACUAGAACAUUACCAUAAACAAAUGGAUGAAUGGUCAAAAAAGUAUUCAGAAAAGAGAGAGCAAUUUGACCAGUUGAUAGAGGAGAAGUUUAAAAGAUCGGCUACAAGACAAGACUUGUAGUAUUAGGAACUGCCUCCUUAUAAGAGGGGUCCCAAAAAAAUGAAGGAUGAUGAAGAAACUGCAUAAUAGAAACAUGAGAAGGAAGAUCAAAUGAAGAAGGAAGAUAAAAAGAUGGAUGACAAAGACAAGAUUAGUAAAAAAGGAACCAAAAAUACCAAAGAUGAAGGUAAAGGGCAAUCAAAGAAAAUGAAUGAAAAAGAUGCUAAAGAUAAAAAGGAUAUGAACCGCAAAAAAUCAAUGGGCAGAAGAUGUUGA